AUGAUCGACAGGAAGACCGGUAUUUUGUAUCGAGGCCAGCAACUUGUACUACCAACGAAGUAUAGAUCGUUAGUAUUUCGAGAACUACACGAGAAAAUGGGACAUCUUGGUCCAGAACGCGUUUUCAACCUCGCGAGGGAACGGUUCUAUUGGCCUGGAAUGAAGAACGAUAUUGAACAUUUUAUCACGCACGUGUGUAGUUGUGUUAAACAGAGAAAACCCACCUUUACCAACAGAGAACCACUUCACUCCAUUUCUACGUCCGCACCAUUCGAACUGGUAUCAAUUGAUUUUGUCCAUUUAGAGCGAAGUUCGGGAGGGUUCGAGUAUAUACUGGUCAUAGUCGACCACUUUACCAGAUAUACACAAGCGUAUUCAACACGGAACAAGACCGCGGCCACGGCAGCCGAUAAAAUUUACAAUGAUUUCAUUCCGCGCUUCGGCUUCCCGUCUAGAAUACAUCACGACCAGGGAGGGGAGUUUGAAAAUAAACUGUUUCGUAGACUAGAGCAGCUCUCGGGAAUCGCACAUUCAAGAACGACACCCUAUCAUCCACAGGGAAAUGGCCAGGUGGAGCGGAUGAACAGGACUUUGCUACACAUGUUGCGAACGUUACCCGAAGUGUACAAGUCUAAUUGGAAGGAUCAUGUGAACAAACUAAUAUACGCGUAUAAUUGUACGAAGCAUGAAUCUACUGGCUUCUCCCCGUUCUUGCUACUAUUUGGUAGACCGCCUCGUCUUCCCAUUGAUUUGAUGUUUAACUUAACAAGAAAAGAAGAAUCAAUCGGUUAUCCAGCUUAUGCCAAUAAAUGGAAGAAAGCAAUGCAGGAAGCUUACAUGUUAGCAUCCAAGUCUGCGGAGAAAGCGGCGUCUAAGGGAAGGAAACAGAGCGAUAAACGCGUAAGGUCGACUGUCCUCUUACCUGGUGACCGAGUGCUUGUUCGGAACCUAUCACCACGCGGAGGUCCAGGCAAAAUACGAGCGUUCUGGGAAGAGGAGAUUCACGUAGUGGUAUCGAGGAAGAAUCCCGAGAGUCCUGUUUAUGAUAUCAAACCCGAAUCAGGAAAGGGAAAGAUACGCACGUUGCACAGAAAUUUACUGUUACCUUGUGAUUAUUUACCGACAGCAACGCCAGAGACGAAGCGGGUAGAGAAAGUGAAAGAACGGACCCCGAUUAUACACACCCCAGAGGAUUCAGAAUCAGAUUCGGAGGGGGAGGAGGGACUGUCGCUGCCUCCAAACGAAAUGGACGAACUUGUACAGUUAAGCUUACGACCAGAGUCGGCAAACGACGCGACAGUGGACCCAAGUACAAAUGACGAGAUUAACCAGAGUAGGGAAGUACAUGGUAAUGAAAAUGACGCGAACAGGCUGAACAUACAAGUAGAAGAAACGAUGGAAACGCCGGGUGAUAUCGAAGAAACACCGCCGCAACCGGUUCGUCCACAAAGGCAAAGACAGCCACCGUUACGUUUUGGGUACAAUGCACCUGGUUGUCCUACGGGUGAAUUUCCUUUCAUUUGGCAAGACCCUAACGUGGGAUUAGUUCAAAUACGAGAUCCGUGGUUUGGCCCACCUUGGAUUGGACCGAUACAACCUCCGAUGAUAUCAGUACCGUGGAUGAGUCCAAUACAGAAUCCCAUGUUCCACGCACAAGUUAUGAACCCUAUGAUAUCACCACCGCCUUUUGGUUACUACCCAACGUAUUAG